CCCGGCCUCCCCCGCCUUCCCCCGCCGGCCCCCUCCCCGCAGGGAUACUAUGGUCUCCGGAGAUGGACGCCCCAGCUGCAGGAUGCGCCUUUGAGUACCUUAUUGAAACGUUAAAUGACAGCUCACGGAAGAAGUUCUUCAAUGUACCUAGACUUGGAGGCACCAAGUAUGAUGUCCUGCCUUACUCCAUACGGGUCCUGUUGGAAGCUGCCGUGCGGAACUGUGACGGCUUUCUCAUGAAAGAGCAGGAUGUUAUGAACAUCUUAGACUGGAAAGCCAGGCAGCGCCAUGUUGAAGUGCCCUUUGUCCCAGCCCGUGUUCUUCUGCAAGAUUUUACUGGAAUACCGGCCAUGGUGGAUUUUGCUGCUAUGAGGGAGGCAGUGAAAACUCUCGGAGGCGACCCUAAGAAAGUCCACCCUGCCCGUCCGACAGAUCUCACAGUUGACCAUUCUUUGCAGAUCGACUUCAGUAAAUGUGCAAUACAGAAUGCUCCAAAUCCUGGAGGCGGGGAGCCGCCGAAGGCAGGAAAGCUCUCUCCACUCAAAGCGCAGCCUAAGAAGGUUCCCUGCAGAGGCCAGACCGCCUGCCGAGGGCCGUGUGGCUCAGGAGAGCCGGGCCGAAGCUCCGGAAAAUUCUCUUCGCAGAUUGAGAACACACCCAUCCUAUGUCCUUUUCAUUUGCAACCAGUGCCUGAACCUGAAACAGUGUUAAAAAACCAGGAAAUAGAAUUUGGCCGAAAUCGAGAGAGGCUUCAGUUUUUCAAGUGGAGCUCGAGAGUGUUUAGGAAUGUGGCCGUCGUGCCCCCCGGAGCCGGGGCGGCUCAUCAGGUGAACCUGGAGCGCCUGUCCCGCGUGGUCUUCGAAGAAGACGGCCUCCUCUUCCCGGACAGCGUCGUGGGCACAGACUCCCACAUCACCAUGGCGAACGGCCUGGGCGUUCUGGCGUGGGGGGUCGGCGGCAUCGAGACAGAAGCGGUCAUGCUUGGCCUGCCCGUCUCCCUUACGUUACCGGAGGUGGUCGGAUGUGAGCUCAUUGGCUCAUCAAACCCCUUUGUCACGUCCAUAGAUGUUGUUCUUGGCAUCACAAAGCACCUCAGGCAAGUAGGAGUGGCUGGCAAGUUUGUGGAGUUUUUUGGAAGUGGAGUUUCGCAGUUAUCUAUAGUGGAUCGGACUACAAUAGCAAACAUGUGUCCAGAGUACGGUGCUACCCUCAGCUUCUUCCCUGUUGACAAUGUGACGUUAAAACAUUUAGAGCAUACAGGUUUUGACAAAGCCAAACUUGAGUCAAUGGAAACAUACCUUAAAGCUGUGAAGUUGUUUCGAAAUGACCAGAAGAACUCGGGAGAGCCUGAGUACUCCCAGGUGAUCCAGAUUAAUCUGAGUUCCAUAGUGCCGUCCGUCAGCGGUCCAAAGAGACCUCAGGACAGAGUUGCCGUGGCGGAUAUGAAGCGUGACUUCCAGGCUUGCUUGAACGAGAAGGUUGGAUUUAAAGGCUUCCAGAUCGCAGCAGAGAAGCAGAGCGAUGCCGUGUGCCUUCAGUAUGAAGGGGGCGAGUACCGGCUGUGCCACGGGUCUGUGGUCAUCGCCGCGGUCAUCAGCUGCACCAAUAACUGCAACCCGUCUGUCAUGCUCACUGCAGGUCUUCUGGCUAAGAAGGCCGUGGACGCCGGCCUGCGCGUGAACCCGUACAUCAGAACGAGCUUGUCUCCGGGCAGCGGGAUGGCCACGCACUACCUCAGCGCGAGCGGGGUGCUGCCGUACCUGAGUCAGCUUGGAUUUGAAAUAGUUGGCUAUGGAUGUUCAACGUGUGUGGGGAAUACAGCGCCCUUAUCGGAAGCAGUUUUAAAUGCAAUAAAGCAGGGUGAUCUGGUCACUUGUGGAGUUCUAUCCGGAAACAGGCACUUCGAGGGCCAGCUUUGUGACUGCGUGCGGGCCAAUUACCUCGCCUCGCCGCCCCUGGUCGUGGCGUACGCCAUCGCCGGCACAGUGAACAUAGACUUCCAGACGGAGCCCUUAGGGACGGACCCUGCCGGCAGGCACGUUUAUCUGCAGGACAUUUGGCCCAGUCAAGAGGAGGUUCGCCAGAUGGAGGAGGAGCGUGUCAUACUGCCCAUGUUUAAGACACUGAAAGAGAAAAUAGAGGUUGGGAAUAAGUGGUGGAACUCCUUAGAAGCGCCGGACUCGGUCUUGUUUCCGUGGGACGUAAAGUCGACUUACAUCCGAUGUCCUUCGUUUUUUGACAAGCUUACCAAAGAGCCCGCUGCCAUCCAGCCUAUUGAGAACGCCCAUGUCCUGCUGUAUCUGGGAGACUGCGUGACGACAGACCACAUUUCCCCCGCCGGCAGCAUCGCCAGGAGCAGCUCGGCGGCCAAGUACUUGACCCACAGAGGCCUUACUCCCCGCGAGUUCAACUCCUACGGAGCCCGGAGGGGCAACGACGCGGUCAUGACCAGAGGCACUUUCGCAAACGUCAAGCUGUUCAAUAAGUUCAUCGGGAAGCCGGCGCCCAAAACAGUUCAUUUUCCGUCGGGCCAGACGCUAGAUGUGUUUGAGGCAGCAGAACUGUACCAGAAGGAAGGCAUCCCACUGAUUAUUUUAGCAGGAAAGAAAUACGGUUCAGGAAAUUCAAGAGACUGGGCUGCCAAAGGACCAUAUUUGCUGGGUGUGAAAGCUGUUUUGGCUGAAAGUUACGAAAAAAUUCACAAAGACCACUUGAUUGGAAUUGGCAUAGCUCCGCUUCAGUUCCUUCCGGGAGAAAACGCAGAUUCCUUGGGCCUCUCUGGCAGAGAGACAUUUUCUUUAAUGUUUCCUGAAGAGCUGUCUCCUGGAGUUACGUUAAAUAUAAAGACCAGCACCGGGAGGGCGUUCCGCGCACGGGCUGCGUUUGAAAAUGACGUGGAGGUGACGCUGUACAAGCACGGGGGGCUGUUAAACUUCGUGGCGAGGAGAUUCUCAUAGCGGCUGCUCAGCGCCGCCCCCUUUCCUGACUGGUGACUGCGAGUGCGAAGCCGUCCGUGCUGGCCCCGCGCGCCCCGGCCUCGCCGCGGGGUCAACGAUUACGAAUCCACCAGGUGACUGAAAUGCAGUCUUUCUGCUUUUAAAUAAUAUAUGAAUGGUGCUAUUAACAUUGCUAAAAUCAGCGUGUGAGGUGUGCUGUGGGAGAGGCUGUACGGACGGGGUAUUUUAUCAGACCAUUUUGUAAAUAAAGGCAGAAUUUGAA